AUGCCUGAGCAUCAAGAUGCCAUGAAUCGAGCAUCGCUACUUACAUGGAUCUGCCUGGUCUUGCUCAUCGACAUUUCGACUGCCUUCCACUUGAUAGUAGAUGCACUUCUGUUCGACAGGCGGAGGGACGCACACAUUCUUCCACCGCUGUCAGGGGCAUACCUUCGUCGGAAUGACACGUACUUCGUGAAGCGGAAGGGGUCGGUCACCCUUCUUUCACGCCACUCGACCUGGUGCUUCUCAGUUGCUGAACUUGACCUGCUUUGCAGCAGUGCUUCCACUGCAGACGUGCGCUCUGUGCAGGAAUGGCUCUUCACUCCACCGAGUUGUCCAUGUCAAGCAAGCGUUGGAUGGCCAAAGGAGCAGCAUAUUCUUACGCACCGGCACGCCCAGCUCUUGAAGUGCCCUGCACGAUCUCGCUGCUAUUGCAAGCGUGCAGGGACAUCCACGGCACGGACAAUCAGUGACAUUCGCAUCAGCAAAGGGAAGCUGAAAGUUCCGGCGAGGCCCCCAAAUUCGACUAGACCGCUCACAAAAAGUUGCCCACCUGGCAUGCUCUUGAGACCGCAGGCGCGGAGAAUCUUCCUGGGCUUCACAGUGAAUGAUGAAACGGGGCCCCUCCUGGCUCACGUUCAUGAGGUGGCACCGGUGGUGGAUGCGAUCUUCUGGAUCGAGAGCUUGAUCGCCUUCAGCGGACUACCCCGAAACUCCACCUUGGAACGCAUGCGCCGAAGACUAGCGCCGUACAUGCAUAAGAUUUACCCAGUUCUGCUGUCUGGCAGUGCAGCUGAAGCUGAAAAAGCCCGCCGCGAUGCAAGCGACCAAAGAAAAGACCAACUACUGGGCAACGCCGGCUGGCGUUCGGCUGAGUACAUGUACAAUAUGGCUGGGAAGACAUUGCAGUUUGAUGAGCUCUUCCGAGAGCAGUUCCUCGAUUCAAGGGCUCUGGCAGGGGACGAUGUGCUGAUCGUACUGGAUGCCGAUGAGGUUAUAAGACGAGAAGCUCUAUGGCAAGUCAGACACUGCACCGUGAGCUUGCCUGUGAGAUUCCAACUUCGGAAUUAUGUCUAUGACUUGCAGCAUUACAACUGGCAGUUGACGCGGAGCUUCAGCUCGUAUUUUCAAGAAGCAGAGUGGUCGUUCGCGACCGGCAUUAGCAUCCAUCAGCUCACAGAUCUUGGCAUCGACCCGCACGCGGCUCGCUGGGCGCGGACUGCGCGCAGCGGGAUCACGGUUCCGCCAUCAUACGAGCGCUACAAGCGUCUGCCUGAAGUGCUGCUCAAGAAUGCCGGUUGGCACAUGCAUCUUUUCUAUGGUGCAAAGCAGAUCGCCCGCAAGCGAGCCAUGGGCCUGCACUACAGCUUUAAUCGCCGACCUUACAACCACACCCCAAGCCUGAGAGCUAUGAUAUUCUCCGGCAGACAUCCCAUGCUCGGGGACUGCCUUUCUGCGGGUUUCAACACAACAAGCUGCAAGGCCAAUGCCUGCGAUGAGCCAGAGCUGCACCGAUCAUCGCGGCUAAUGUGUGUCUUCACGGCACGUGAGCCACCGGAGUCCCUGCCACAUCUUGUGCGUGACGAUCCAGAGAUGGGUCUCUGCCUCACGGACAGGCUUGCAGGUGACCUUGACCGCGUGUGCCCUUCAGAUGUUCCAGACCUUCAGUGGCAAUCUGAUCUGAGGUAG